GAUGAAAAUGCGACGUCACAGAGUGUUCUUGCUGUGCACAGUGGGCCUGUGUGUCAUCUCAUUCCUCCACUACUACAAGGCCCUGCACUACGUCUCCCUGCUCCGAGAGCUGUCCGCCCCGUACCCCAACAUCAAGUCGUUCAUCAUGGUGACAGGGUUCUUCUGGAGGGAGGCCACUCCUUUAACGUCGGCGGCGUCGUCCGACUUCGCUGCCUCGCAGAAGGAAGGUCCCCCGCCGGCCCUUGGGCACUCAGACACCAAGCCCCGGGUGGUGGGACCGAUAAGGCCCGAGCGAGGGGGGGGGCGGCGGCGUCGGAGGGGGUCCGGAGAUGAAGCUGAGAGAGGAACCUGCCGCGCCACAGCCGUGGGGUCAGCCAGAGGGACCCAGACACAGACACACGUCCAAAGGUCCAGCGGUCCUGUCAAGAUGCAACAAAGCGAGGACCUCCUCUUCAAGUCCUGGAACCCCGGCCACCCGGAGCACCCACCCAGACCGGACACGCCCGCGGAGAAGGCACCGGCGAUGCCCCCGAAGGCUCCGUCCCCCAGCCCUUUAGAAGCCCUGGGCGACAUCCACACCCGUACCCACCCGCUCCAAGACGACCCCACCCCUUACUUCGUGCGAACCAAGGCUGGAGCUCUCUGCUUCCGCCAGGGGACUGAGGCCGCCGCUCCCAGAGAGGACGCGGCUCGACCCGGGGGCGCUACGUCGACCGGGACCGGGGUAGGCCCCCGACCCGGCUCCGCUGGGCAACGGAAGCCGCUGGAAGCCCCGAACCGACAUCCGCUCCAGCCGUUGUCGUCGGGCACCGCCGCCCCGCCCAAGGCGAAACCGAGGGGGCGCGGGGGCAAACGUCUGGUGAAAUGCGUGUGCCGGCCGGGUUGGCACGGCCCCUACUGUGGGGUGCCCACCAUGGUCUACCACUCCAACCUCCCCACCAAGGAGAGGCUGACACCCAGGGAGAAGCCGCGCCGGGUGAUCAACGCCAUCAACGUCAACCACGAGUUCGAUCUGCUCCACGUGCGCUUCCACGAGCUGGCCCAGGCCGUGGACCUGUUCCUGGUCUGCGAGUCCAACUUCACCGCGUACGGAGAGAGACGGCCAUUGCGGUUUCUGCGUCUUCUCCUGAACGGUACCUAUGACUACGUGCGCCACAAGAUCCUCUACGUCUUCUUGGACCACUUCCCAGAAGGCGGCCGGCAGGACGGCUGGAUCGCCGACGACUACCUCCGCACCUACCUGACCCGGGACGGCAUGGCCAGGGUCACGGGGUCGCGACCCGACGACGUGUUCGUCAUCAACGACGCCGACGAGAUCCCCGCCAGCGAGGGGCUACUUUUCCUCAAGCUCUUCGACGGGUGGACAGAACCUUUCGCCAUCCACAUGAGGAAGUCUCUUUACGGAUUCUUCUGGAAGCAGCUGGGGUCGUUGGAGGUCGUGUCGGGGUGCACGGUGGGCAUGCUCCGAGACGUCUACGACUCGGACGGGAUUCGUCUCCGGCGUCGUGAAUACUACACGAUGCCCGGCUUCAGGAAGUACGAGAACAACACGGGUCACAUCCUGGUCCAGUGGGCCGUGGGAAGCCCGUUCCACUUCGCCGGGUGGCACUGCUCCUGGUGCUUCAGCCCUGAGGGCAUCCAUUUCAAACUGAUCUCAGCCCAAAACGGGGAUUUCCCGCGCUGGGGAGACUACGAGGAUAAACGGGAUUUGAACUAUAUCCGGGACUUGAUCCGGACGGGGGGCUGGUUCGACGGAUCGGUCCAGGAGUACCCCCCAUCGGACCCCAAAGAGCACAUGUAUGCUCCCAAAUACAUGCUGGAGCACUACGACAGGUAUCGGUACCUUCUAGAGAACCCGUAUGUCAAACAUGAUGCGCUGACCGAAGGGUAGCGAAUGUGGGGGGUGGGGGAUGGGGGGUGGAAUGAAUGGCCUUCGUAAAACUAAGGGUGUCCAGAAUGGCCCUCUAGGGUUUGGGAGUGGGGCUGGAGGAGUAAACAAUGAAAGCUCUGGCACUCACGAGAGGGAAAGGAUAAAGAAGGACGGACAGUCUUAGCACUGAUGGUGGAAGGACACAACCCAUCUUAGUGCCACAGUGGUGGGGAACUAUGCGAUAAAUAAAAGCACUGAUGGUGGAAGGAUACUUCCAAAAAGUCCUUAUUUUGGGUUAAAGGGAAAAGUGGAUGAUGUUGGGGUUUGGGGGGGGGGGGGGGUUGAAUUACUGACUACUGACAAUAUAGUCCCUCUGAAACCGUAGAAAUUCUCUCUAUAUCUGCCUCCAACGCCUGCCUGCUACCGGCCCGGUUCUGCCAGACAGAAAUGCCUAUAUCCUGGGUCGGUACGGUGGGGAAAGUGGGACAAAAACAAGCUAAUCGUAAAACCUGUGGAAAAUGGAAGCAAAAUAAGAACUGCCUGCUUCGGUUGAUGUUUACUCCAUCAUGUUGUCAUAUCGACGCGCCCGGGACCCCCACCCCCCCUCCCCCACAUUCUUACUCACGGUUUGAUAUCUCCCUGUUGUGUCUCUAGUGACCACCUGCUCUCGCUCUCGCUCUCUCUCACUCACACUCACACACACACACACGUGCGUGCGCACACGCACCAAAACACACUCCUCUCAUAAUGUAUGUUUAGUCUACGGUGUGUUGCGUUCAUAAAUGUCAUAUUUUGUUUGCUUGCAAUUUAAAUUGGUGAGGGAGAAUUCUCUGGGCUGAUGGGACUGCUGUUCUACCUGCUGCAAAACGCUGACCCUCUGUGUGACUGUUGGUACUGCACGGGGAUGUGACACUAAAAAGUCUGAACACCGUGUGUGUGUGUGUGAGUGUGUGUGUGUGUGUGUAAGUUACUCUACUCAUCUAAAUAAAUGAUGUUGUCUGGACA